AUGGCAACACAACUAGGUCAAGAACAACAAGAACACCAUGUUUUCCAAAGCCUAUAUAAACCGUGCCCCGAAAACACGACGCUGCGGAAUUCUGCUCCGGGUGGCGAAUUGUUUGCCGACAGGGUGGCGUUUGUGGAGGUAGGAAGUGGAAGAGAGUACACACAUGGUGAGGUGGUUAGAGACACAAAGAGGUUUGGAAAGGCGUUGAGGUCUCUAGGGCUGAGGAAGGGACGAGUGGUGGUGGUGCUGCUGCCGAAUGUGGUGGAGUAUGCCGUUGUUGCUCUUGGGAUUAUGGCGGCGGGUGGGGUGUUUUCCGGCGCUAAUCCGGCGGCGCAUGAGUCGGAGAUUAGGAAGCAGGUGGAGGCUGCCGACGCCAAGCUUGUCGUCACCAAUGGACCAAACUAUGUCAAGGUGAAAUCGCUGGGACUGCCAAUAAUAGUACUAGGAGAAGAAAAGGUAGAGAGCGCCAUAUACUGGGACGAACUGCUGGAAGCAGCAGAUAGAGCCAACACCGACCACAUCAACGAAACCAUCCUCCAGACCGAUCUCUGCGCUCUUCCAUUCUCUUCUGGCACCACCGGCACAUCCAAGGGCGUCAUGCUCACUCACCGCAAUCUCGUCGCCAAUCUCUGCUCUACACUCUUCAGUGUCGGACCCGAACUUGUCGGACAGGUGACCACACUCGGCCUAAUGCCAUUCUUUCACAUAUAUGGAAUGACCGGAAUAUGUUGCGCCACCCUGAAGAACAAAGGGAAGGUGGUGGUUAUGGGCAGGUACAAGAUUGAGACAUUUUUGGAAGCUUUGAUCACUCAUGAAGUCACUUUUGCACCCAUUGUGCCUGCUAUUAUAUCGGACUUGGUUAAAAAUCGAGCAGUCGAUCAGUUUGAUCUUAGUGAGUUGAAGCUUAGGGCUGUCAUGACCGCUGCAGCUCCGCUUGCACCGGAGGUUCUUAGGGGAUUUGAGAAGAAGUUCCCUGGUGUGGAUGUGCAGGAGGCAUAUGGAAUGACAGAGCAUAGUUGCAUAACACUUACCCACGGGGAUCCAAACAAGGGUCAUCGAAUUGCAAAGAAAAACUCGGUUGGGUUUAUCCUUCCCAAUAUGGAACUAAAGUUUGUUGAUCCAAACACAGGUCGAUCUCUCCCCAAGAACACCCCUGGCGAAGUCUGUGUUCGAAGCCCAUGCGUAAUGCAAGGUUACUACAAAAACGAGGAAGAGACAGCUCAGACCAUUGAUGAAAAAGGGUGGCUUCACACUGGUGAUAUUGGGUUCAUUGACGAUGAUGGAGAUGUCUUCAUUGUGGAUCGCAUUAAAGAACUAAUCAAGUACAAAGGAUUUCAAGUGGCUCCUGCUCACUUAGAAAGCAUCCUUUUAACUCACCCAUCUGUUGCGGAUGCUGCUGUUAUUCCACUACCGGAUGAAGAAGCGGGGGAGAUACCAGCGGCUUGUGUGGUGAUGAACUCAAAUGCCAAAGAAAGUGAAGAUGAGAUCGUGAAACAUGUCGCCUCUAAUGUUGCAAACUAUGAGAGAGUAAGAGUGGUUCAGUUUGUGGAUUCAAUCCCAAGGUCACCUUCUGGGAAAAUAUUGAGAAGGCUUCUCAAAGAAGAGAUGAUUAAAAACAUGACAACCAACCCAAAAGUGGUGCAACAUUCUUCAGCUUGACACUGCCCAAAAUUUACCCUUUUUUUUUUUAAGCCAAUUGCUAAACUAUAUAUUAAUUGGUAAUGGUUUGGUUGGAACUGGGUAAUUUGG